GUCUUGUUUUCCAUCUUAUUCUCUAAAGAACGUACAAUUGUAAAAAACAAAUGGCUGAUUCUCGAACGAUACGAAUAACAAGCAAGGACGAAAGUCAGCAAUUAAUGGCAGUGUGGCCGGACGUUAUUCGUGAUAUCACAGAAGCGAUUGAAAGCGAUUUUAACAUGCCAGAUGUUGCAAAAUGGAUGGAAAAAGUACUACAGUACAAUGUUGCAGGAGGGAAGAAACAACGCGGUUUAGGGCUAGUUUAUGCUUACAAGUUACUAAUACCAAGUGAUCAACUGACAGAAGAAAAUAUUCGUCUAGCCCGGAUUUUAGCAUGGUGUGUGGAAUUGAUGCAAGCUUAUAUGCUCAUGAUGGAUGAUAUUGAAGAUCAAUCGUUAUUUCGCCGAGGCCAACCAUGUUGGUACCGAUACAAUGAUCUCGGUUUAGCAGCAGUCAACGACACUUAUAUGUUAGAGGGCUCCAUAUUUUAUUUAAUUCGAAAAUAUUUUAAAGGAAAAGAUUGUUAUGCUGAUCUACUAGAAACAUUCCAGGAUAUCACAAUGAAGACGGCAAUUGGCCAAAGUUUAGAUUUGCUCUCUACUCAUUUUGAUAAAAAGCCAAAUCUGGAUUUGUUUACGAUGAAUCGAUAUAAUUCCAUUAUCAAAUCCAAAACAGCGUAUUAUUCAUUUGUUUUCCCAGUAAUUGCAGCAAUGCAUUUAGCUGGAAUAAAAGAUCAAGAGAUGUUCAGGGAAGCAACAAACAUCUUAAUAGAAACAGGAUGUUUGUUUCAAGUUCAAGACGAUUAUUUGGAUUGUUAUGGAGACUUUGAAGUCUGUGGCAAAGAUGAUACUGAUAUCCAGCAAGGGAAAUGUACGUGGUUUGUUGUUGAAGCGCUUCAACGCGUUACUCCACAGCAGCGUAAAAUAUUAGAAGAUUGUUACGGUGAUUUGGAUCGAGACAAGGUACGACGCGUGAAACAACUAUUCAAUGAAUUAAAUCUGCUGGACGCUUAUUUCGCGUACAAAGAAGAAAGAUACAAUCUAAUAAAUGUACAUAUAAAGCAGAUGUCGUCCGGACUUCCUCAUAGUCUCUUCUUAUAUUCAUUAAGAAACAUUCAUCACAGAAUGUCAUGAAAUAAUCGUGUAUAUUGAAGAAAU